CAGACCUGCCGAGGCAGCAUUGGCUCUGCAGUGAGUCUAGCUGCCAGAGUGGAUGCACUAGCGCAGAAGUAUAAGGGCCUCAGCCCUGCCAUGCACAAAGGCGCGGGCUAGCUGACAGCGCUCCUGAGACGCGGCCGCCACCAUGUGCUCCAGGCGUCCAUCUGCCUGGGUCCUUUGGCUGGGCUUCAGGCUUUGCUGUCCCUGUGAGAUCGCCAUGUCGGAGGCACCCCGGGCCGAAACCUUUGUCUUCUUGGACCUGGAAGCCACAGGGCUCCCCAGCAUGGAGCCCGAGGUCGCGGAGCUAGCCCUCUUUGCCGUCCACCGCUCCUCCCUGGAGAACCCGGAGCGUGACGAGGCGGGCGCCCUGGUGCUGCCCCGGGUCCUGGACAAGCUGACGCUGUGCAUGUGCCCGGAGCGCCCCUUCACAGCCAAGGCCAGCGAGAUCACCGGCCUGAGCAGUGAGAACCUGGUGCGCUGCCGGAAGGCUGGCUUCGACGAGGCCGUGGUGCGAACACUGCAGGCCUUCCUGAGCCGCCAGGAACGCCCCAUCUGCCUGGUGGCCCACAAUGGCUUUGACUAUGACUUCCCCCUCCUGUGCACUGAGCUGCGGCGCCUGGGUGCCCACCUGCCCCGGGACACUGUCUGCCUGGACACGCUGCCAGCGCUGCGGGGCCUGGACCGUGCCCCCAGCCCCGGCCGUGCCCAGGGCCGCAGGAGCUACAGCCUGGGCAGCCUCUUCCGCCGCUACUUCCAGGCCGAGCCGAGUGCAGCGCACUCUGCAGAGGGGGACGUGCACACGCUGCUGCUGGUUUUCCUGCACCGCGCCGCCGAGCUCCUCGCCUGGGCCGACCAGCAGGCCCGCUGCUGGGCACAGGUCCAGGCCAUGUACUUGCCGCCCGACGCCCUGAGCCUUGAGGCCUGAGUGCCCACCGCAGGCCCAGGCCAGGGCCGUGCUGGCUGUUCUCGGGUGGCCCGUGUACUUCAGCGGGGCUGCUGCUCUGGGGUUCCCACCCUUCCCUGUUUCUCAAUAAACAUUGCCAACUGCUCAC